CGCGCCGUGUGUCCGGGCUGUAACAUGGCGGACGGCUUUCAGGAGCAGCUGCAGGGCCUCGAGGGGGUUAAAGUUCACCUCCACGAGCGCGAGCUGUGGCGGAAGUUCCAUGACGUCACCACGGAAAUGAUCAUCACGAAAGCGGGAAGGCGGAUGUUCCCGAGCUACAAAGUGAAGGUAGCAGGAUUGAACCCCAAAGCCAAAUACAUCCUGCUGAUGGACGUAGUGGCCGCUGAUGACCACCGGUACAAGUUUGCGGAUAAUAAAUGGUCAGUGUGCGGUAAAGCCGAACCUGCUAUUCCGGGUCGACUUUACGUUCAUCCGGACUCCCCGGCUCCCGGAGCCCACUGGACCAGACAGCUCGUCUCCUUCCAGAAACUCAAACUCACCAACAACCACCUCGACCCCUUCGGCCACAUCAUAUUGAACUCCAUGCAUAAAUACCAGCCGCGGCUGCAUAUAGUGAAAGCGGAUGAGAAGAACAGCUUUGGCUCCAGCAACACAGCCUUCUGCACUCAUUCAUUCCCCGAAACAGCCUUCAUCGCUGUCACUUCCUACCAGAACCACACUAUCACUCAGUUGAAGAUCGAGAACAAUCCAUUCGCGAAGGGUUUCCGUGGUAACGAAGACAUCGAGAUGCAUCGGAUGUCCCGUUCACAGAGUAAGGAGCACCCUCUGGUUCCACGAACCACGGUUCGCCCAAGAGUGACGCCAUCACCCACUGAUUCUCUCGUGCCCUACACCCUACCACACGCCCUCAGCCCUGACUACACCUGUUCAGAACCCUCAGGAAAACACAAACUGUCGUCUGAAGACAACUCUUUUGCGGAGACCCCACCCACACACGACCCUUCUUACCCCCUCCUGACUUACCAGGCGUCUUCUGACCUCGGGCUGGGCAACGGCGCCCCCUACAGUGCAGAUUCAGCCCAGCAUCAGCCAUGUAUGUACACCAGCUCGCAGUCGGGGGGCCUGGACGAACUCGUGUGGGAGUCUUAUGCCGAAUGCCCUCCCUACUUGACCUUUUCCUCCUCUCGGGAAAUGGGCGGGGCAUUUGGCCACACCCCUGACCCUCCCCAGGACAUCUACCCACAAUACACCUGUGAGGUGGGCGUCCAGUCGCAUUGCCCUAUGACUGAUUACGCUCUGUAUGCGUGCAGCCACCCUGUGGGUCAGAAUCACUGCGGUGGGGUGGGCUGGUGUGGGGGGAGCUGA